AACAAUCUGCAAAACCCCAGAAACCUUCAUAUAAACAAGCAGUAGAAGGUAUAAGAGUGGGGGUUCUACACUACAAUUUUCCUGAGACCCUACUCACGACAGAACAGAUGGAGGAGAUCCAGAGCUUCAUCCUAGAAGCUAUCGUGGAGGAGCAGGAGGGUCUCUACUCUCCAAGAUUUUACGGUAUCAACAGGAGACAAGGAAUUCUGAUUUUCACCUGUGAAAACACCAAUACCACUGAAUGGCUAAUGGGAAAGCAAGAUUCCCUUAAGACUUGGGAAGGGGCCAGUCUGAGGAUUGUACCAGAGGAAGAAAUUCCACGUGCAAGAAUUGCGACUGUCUAUCUUCUUGAUAGUAUACAUGAAACCACCAACAAGAUUAUGAAGUUCUUGAAAGUACAAAACAAAGAGCUCUCUGUCGGAGAAUGGAACGUUCUGUGUAGAAGCGACGAGGGAAAGUCAGUACUACUUACCCUGGCAGUCGACUGUACCACAACAAACAAACUUGAGAAGGGUCCAUGGAUCGGCUACAAGUUUGGAAAAAUUCAGCUCAGACUGAAAAAGAAACACCAAGGAAACACGGAAAAACCUACAAAGGUGGAGGAGACUUCAGAGAAAUCUGAGACAAUCACCACGGAAAAAAGCACCACUGAAGAGAUGGGAGUGGAGAAGACCAUGAAGGUGUCAGAGCAAUCUGUACAUAUCUUACCUGUAAAGGUCCGACUCCACAAACCAGUGCAGCGGUCAAACGCGUAA